UUUAUACUUUAUCUGUGGGUCAACAUGGCUACGCGUAUUGUGUCAUUGCGAUAAAAUUUACGUUUUUCUUUGUUUAUUUUAAGUUAAUCAGCGAUUUUAGUUUUUUUCUGUGUUGUAAUUUACUUUCACUAAUGUGUUGUGUUUGUGAAUUUACGUUUUGAAUAUGGGUACAAGCACGAUGGGCAGCGAUCUACACUCAGAUAAGCAGGACAAGUUAUUGAAAUUGCAAGCCAGAAAGAAAGAAUUGGAGCAGCUUUUAGCUACAAAGAAUGAGGAAUUGUAUAAACUAUGUGUUCAAGAAGUUCAACUAACGGGAAUCAUGCCACCCGAGGCGCCCUUGACCCCCGAAGUGCCGAGAGAAAGACUAAACAGCGUACGUAGUACUGAUAGGUCAACUGAUGGCAAUGAUGUCCAAGACGGCUCAGAUAACACUUCCAGACGUCUCCGAAUAGCUCCAGGAGAGCGACUGCACGAUUCAGAUCAGAAUCUACGCAAAAACCUCACACACAGACUUUCUACGCCAUCGAUAUCAGGUAUGUCGACGAAAAGUGCACACCCAAGACAUAUACGGCGUCCGGAGACUAGCUGUUCUAAUUUCUUUCCGUCCCCGCCUCAGGAAAGGAAUCCAGAGACAUUUUCAAUGCACACUUCUCACACCUAUCCAGCAUUAGCAGGAAGGCAUGAACCAAUGACUGAGAACAUGCACAAUGAUGUCAAUCAGCCUCCUGUGUACAGACACCAAACAAUGACCACUGAGUAUAUGAAUAAAAUUUACUAUAACAAUGCUCCUGAGGCUCACAAUGUUACUCGUCUACGGGAGACUCACUUCAGCUCAAGCCAUCCUGAUAUUACUACCCACUACACUCAUACCACAGCUGCUCCACAGCCAACGGCACAACAAAAUGGUUUGAGAAAUAAUGCUCUCUUAUAUCAAUAUGCAUCUCAUCUGAAGGCCCAGAGCCAACAUUUGGCAGCUCUUCCUCAUCACCACCAAAUGCAAGUUCAAUCUAAAAGAAGACCUGAGGGCAGCCGGAGGAACACAUUGCAGCGCACACAGACCUACCAUUUAACAUCACAUAGCGAUUACAAUCAACACUUAGAGAAUAUUAUGGACACCCACAGGCCCCCCUUGCCAAUGUACCAGCACCGAUCUCAGCCAGAUAUUCAAGAGCAGCCUAGUGAUAGAAUACAUGUGCAUACAGAGAGGCCUGCUGUACCCAAUACCUUGCCUUUGCGUGAACGAAAUGCCAGACCCAUGCACAUGCCUCUACAAGUAUCUACAGAUGAAUAUAUCCAUGAAAGAAGAGGUUAUCCUGAUGCACUGAGUCCUGUCAGUCAGUUAUCAGGGUAUUCUCAAGGAAAUUUUGACUCUGUCAGCAUGAAUAAAUUUUCACCCCUAUCUCAAGAUUCUAAAGUCCGAGAGAAGCAGUGGUAUGAAACCUCAUUGGACUCUCCAACAAAGGCUGAGGCACCUUUACUAAAGAAGAGUUCCAGCCUCAAAAGGACUUCUAGUAUAGGUAACUCCCAAACUUAUGAGAUAAUGAUUUCCACAGGCCGCCAUUCAGCCAUGCAGAGCCCUAAUCAGUCCCACAGUCCAUCCGUGCUAUCACCAACCUCUUCUACCUUAGAAUCUCCCAAGAACUUAACAGUCAUUGAACAGGGUAAGUGCAUACCAUACAGGGAGGAGACGAAGCCUUUUGAAAUGUCAGACUUUUAUAAAUACUCAACUAAGUUCCGGCAAGCAGGGCCCCCGAAGACACAGCCUGCACCAAUGCAUUCAGGGUACAAUAAGUUACCUAUGGAGUUACCACAGUAUGCACAGGAGCAUUGGCAGGGGCAAAGCAACUAAGGACAAGUCUUUUUUUAACCCAGUUGAAGAGUUAAAAUCAAUUAGCAGCACAAACUGAUAUAUUUCUAUAGCCUGUGCGGAAAGAGACGUGUCAUGGAAUAUAAGUGAACCAAUACAUUCUAUGCCUCUUCUCUUUCUGCACUUUUCACUGUGCUGUAAUAAAUUUAUGGGCAAUUUUAACCUCAGUCUCUUAUGAUACUUACGGUUUGCAUUAUUUAUUUUAGUUAUUAAUUUCGGAAAUAGGUUAAACUUUCUUGUCAUUUAAAUUACUAUAAAUCUAUAUAAUUUUAAUGAAAUAAUUUUAGAAUGGAAUGUGUUCACUCAGUGGGAGUCAAUUUUAGUUCAUUAGUGUACUUAUAGAACAGUAAAGCUAAGCUAUGCCAAUAGGUAAAUGAUUCAGAUCUCUGUGAAUAGCUGCUAUAUAUUUUUAACAUUUAAAAUAUAUUUUUUAUGAAAAAUAUUCUAUGUAAUGAAACUAUAAAAAAUGUGAUGCACCUAUAACUAUUUGAAAUUAACAUGCAAUUUUUGAAAGCCUGAAAUCCUUAAUUUUACCUUACUGCAUCACAUUUUCAUGAUGUGAAGGUUAAAUUUGUCAAAUAAGAAUAACUGAAACAAACAUGAGCAAGACAUUCACAAACUGCAACCAUAAUGUACUUUUUAUAGCACUUAGGCAUGAACAACAUUAGGAUUAUGAAAUUUAUGAAUGUUAAAAUGAGACUGAAACAUAAUACUGUACAAAGUAUUAGCAUUUUAUUAUUAUCAGUCUAAAUAAUAUUGACAGAUAGGACUGUGAUAGCAAUAUUUGAAUUGUUGAAUAAGGACAAUAAAAUCAAUCAGAUAAUUGACUAUCAUAUUGUAUUUGUAUUUAUUUUAUCACAAUUAUGAAAGUCAUUUCAAUCAUGAAAAUAUGACGUAAUUUUUGUAGUAAUAAAUGUAGUAAAUUGUAGAUAAAAUAACAUGCUUUAUAUCAGCAUACAAUAUUUUCGCCACUUUUUAUCUUUAUGUGUUAAUUAUACUCUAAGUGCAAUGUUAAAGCCCACCGCUUACUAAAAAUAUGAGAGUGCAAAUUAAAAUUGCCUUAACUUGUGAUAAAACUAACAAAUUGUCAGUUAUUGAAUGGAUUUAAUACAUAUACUGUAUUGUUCUUUACAAUGUUGAGUUGGGCUACAAUUUAGCUACAGUGGCUCAUUUCUCUAACAGUAUUAGACUAAUAUUAUUAGUCCACGAACAGUCAAAGCGUAUGGGUUGCCAUGACAACACACAUAAUAUUAGUCUAAUAUCGUUCGAGAAAUAGGCCCCAAUACUGCUGUAUUGGUAUAAUAAAAUUUACAUUAAAAAAUGGAAAUGGGGUUGGCAACAGUCAACGGCUUGUAGUAGAUGGCGCCAACACUGUUUUUACCUGUCUCUAAGCCAGCCUGUCUAUAAUUCCCAAAAAAAAACAAGAGUUUGACACUAAUUUGUAGGAUUGACAGUUAAAACCUAUGCUAUCCGUAAAAUAUUUCGACCAGCCAAACCUAUUGAACUGAGAUGACAGCUAUCAUAUGCACAACGCUUCAUUGAACAUACUAUAUGCUAUCCGUAAAAUAUUUCGACCAGCCAAACCCAUUAAACUGAGAUGACAGCUGUCAUAUGCACAACGCUUCAUUGAAAAUACUACAGUGGUAACAUGUAAUUUUGGAAAGAGAUGGGAGUUGGAUGUUGCUCAUCGCCAUUCUUGGCAGGGUGCGUAUAGACAAGAUGCCAACCGUUCACGCUCCAUAGCUCUCUCUAUGACUUCCAUAUUCGUGCCACAGAGACAGUUGCGUUUCGUUCGCUACGGACCGUUAACGAUUGCUAUUUUGUCUACCCUGUACAGAAUACUCUUUGUAUUUCGUCGCUAUACUUACUCAAACUCGUAUCUGAUAUACGUAUCUAAUAUAUAGAUACGAGGUUGAGUAAGUAUAGUGUUGUAGUCCAAACUCUCAACUUGCUAAAAGUACCAUUGUGAUCAUAUAACCAGUAUGUUUUUUCCAUUCCAGUGUAAUCUUCGCCUUUAUAUCCUCAAUAAUGGUAAUACUCACUGUCUCGUUCUGAUGAGACAUCAAAGAGAACUGAGAUCAUUAUAUGUACAGUUUAAUUUAUUAUGGACUACUUAUCUUGAAAUCUUUAGUAACUAACUCUUGCUUUAUUACUGAAACAUGUUUCCAGGUGGAACUGUUUAUGGCAAAAUUGCAUAUGUUUCAUUAUAGUUAAAAUUAUGUUAUGCAGUAAAAACUCUUUCCGUGACUAUCUACUGUUUUUCUCAUUACGCUGUACACUUAUAAUAGAUAACAUGUUAGAAGAAACAUAAUUUUUAUUUUACCUAAACGUGGCCUUUGUUAAACUUGCCAAGCAAAUUAACCUUAAAAAAUAACGACCAAUCAAAAUCAACAUUAAUUUUAAAGGAUAUUUUAGAUGUAUCAUAUAGAAAAUAAAUAUUGUAGCAAUCAAAUUGCAAAAUAUGCUACAAGAUUAUGAAGAAGAUUUUAAAUAUUUUUAUACGUUGUUUAUGUAUAAAAUGUGCUGAAGGCACGAAAGUAUGUGUAACUAAUAAAUUUUGAUAAGCAUUUA